AUGAUAGCAUAUCAGCUACACAGCAUAAUGUUUCCAGCGAAUGAUGACUUUAGGCAUUUGUGGAUGUUGUUCGCCGAGAACAAUGGUGUGAAUGUUCAACUGUUAAAUCCUACCUCCGCUCAGUGUUCAAGGCAUUUUGUCCCUGGUGUAGACUACAAAGUAGGCACUUCACGUCGUCGUCAUUUGCUUAACACAGCAGUGCCGUCUUUGGUAGUACAAAAUCAGCACCAGAUGAUUGCAGCGCCAGAUGGCGAACAAGACAUAGACGUGGAAAUUGUUGAAGUACAAAUCGAUAAUGUCAUGACGGACGUAGACGAAGAACCGUUGGCACAAGUCUUAGAGGACAUUGAGGUUGUAGAUAUGCUGCCAGCUGACGUUGCAGCAGUAUAUGAAUUCAUGGAUGUAUUCGACUUUUACCAUCAGACGUCGACGUUCAUACCGAUUCCCCUGGCUGCUCCCAGAGCACAUGUGCCCGUUAGAGACCGUCCGGCUGGCGUUCGACACCAACUUCCCGAACAGCACGACAUAGGACCAUUGGAUGCCGCCUGUGCUCACUGUUAUGGCCGUCAUUUCCGGUGUGAGAAGAUUGGAAAUACUCAUUUUUCAACGUGUUGCAAUAAUGGUCAAACGGCUAUUACGGGUGACCGCGUGUUGGGUCAACCUCCAGAGUUAUUAAUUCGUUUGUUAAUAGAUGAUUCACAGGUAGCCAGACACUUUAGAAAAGAAAUCAGACGAUACAACAACACUUUGGCGUUUGCUGCGUUUUCCACUGACCUCAACCCAAGAUGUUUGCCAGGUCGGGGUCCAAAAGUGUUUACUGUUCACGGGCAGGUGUAUCGUAGGAUUUCUAACGAUGUCGUUAGAAAUGAAAUGAUUCAACCGAGUUACUGUGAGUUGUAUUUCAUUGAAUCCGGGGAAGCCAAUCGGAUUCUAAUGGCACAACAGCCACGCCAACGUCCAUUAUUGGAGAACUUGAUUACAGAGUUAGACAGUCUGUUACGGCAAAUCAAUCCGUUUGCAGUGGCUUUUCAGACCAUGCAACAGGUAUGGCAGAGGGAACAAGAAGCUGCUGCUGCUGAUCCCACGGUGCGACCGAGAAGAGUGACAAUGCACAUCAUCGCCAACCCAAAUAAUGACCCUCGGCGAUACAAUCCACCAACUGGUAAUGCGAAUGAAGUAGCAGUCGUAUUCGUUGGUGAUGACGGGCUACCACCGAGGAACCUCGAUCUGGUCAUCUAUGACACGAACCCGGUGGACGCACAACACCGGAUGCAAAGCAUAUCAGUGGGCUCGCCUCAUGCGGAUCCCAUGCUGUAUACACUGUUCUUUCCAUACGGAGAAUCCGGUUGGCAGUACAACCUGCGACAAGAGGGUAACCGCCGCAACGCUGUUCGCGUUCGGAACACCAUCAGGGAGUUUGUGUGUUACCGUCUGGCCAUUCGAUAUACGGGAAACAAUGGACACGGGAAAGACGGCCAAACGUUUAGUUUAUUACAUGCUGGUGGUUUUUUAUUACAGCAAUACGUGUGUGAUCAGUACGUUCGGAUGGAAGCGAACAAUUUGCGCUACACCAGACUCAAUCAGAAAGCGCUGUUCGCCGAAGCGUAUCAGGGGCUUGUGGACCAAAUAAACCAACAGCAUUAUGUCGAUGAAAUCAAUCCCGUUGGUCGCAGGAUGACUUUGCCUUCGAAUUUUGUAGGUGGCCCCCGUUACAUGAAACAAUGUUACCAUGACGCGAUGGCCAUUGUGCGUAAGUACGGUAAACCUGACCUGUUCAUAACUUUUACAUGUAACCCUAAGUGGCCAGAAAUCGUAGACAACAUUCCGCAUUGCUUGAAAGCUAACGACAUGCCCGACCUGGUGGCGAGGGUGUUCCACACAAAACUAAAGCAGCUGAUGCGUGAUAUAACAACUGAUAAGGUAUUUGGUAACGUAGAAGCUUACGUAUAUACUAUUGAAUUUCAGAAACGCGGUCUUCCGCACGCACACAUACUCAUCAUCUUGCACGAGGACAGUAAGUUGCUCACUGCCGAGGACGUUGACGAUGUUGUAUGCGCCUGUUUGCCCGACCCUGAAACCGACAGACGCCUAUUCAACAGUGUGACAUCACACAUAAUACACGGACCUUGUGGACAGCUAAACCGUAACAGUCCGUGUAUGGUGGACAACACUUGCUCUAAAAACUAUCCAAAAGAGUACAGCGAAGAGACUUUGUACAUAUCUGACGGCGGUUACCCCAACAUACCGCAGACCUAA